AUGAAGGUGCUCAACGUCGCGGAGAAGCCGUCGGUGGCCAAAGAGAUUGCCGCUAUUCUGUCCUCUGGUCGCUCACAGCGCCGUGCCGGAUUCUCCAAGUACAACGCGCUGUUUGACUUCCCGUAUCAGAUUCGAGGGCGACAGGUUCAGAUGGUCGUCACGUCUGUGACGGGGCACAUGAUGGAGCUGGACUUUGACGCGAGUGUCCGAAGCUGGUACUCGUGUGAUCCAGUGGAGCUUUUUACUGCUCCAGUGACCAAGAGAAUCCGCAACGACGAGAUCCAGAAAAAGAUCGAGCAGACGCUACUGAAAGAAGCCAAGCAGAGCCAGUGGCUGGUGCUAUGGCUGGACUGUGAUCGAGAGGGUGAAAACAUUGCAUACGAAGUCAAAAGCAUCUGUGAAAAAUCUAACCGACGUAUGCGCGUCUUUCGUGCCCGUUUCUCGGCGCUGAUCCCGCGUGACAUUAUCGAUGCGAUACAAAACUUGUCGGAACCCAACGAAAAACUAUCGCUUGCCGUAGACGCUCGGUCUGAAAUCGACUUGAGAAUCGGCGCAGCUUUUACAAGGUUUCAGACGAUGCGUAUCCAGAGCAAGUUUCCGACAUUGAAGCAAGACAAGAGUGUGAUUAGCUAUGGUCCGUGUCAAUUUCCCACGCUAGGUUUUGUAGUGGAGCGAUUUCUUAAGGUUCAGAAUUUUGAGCGAGAGACAUUUUACUACAUCAGCGUUACGCACCAGCACAACGAUCUUCCGGACGCACCGAUGACGACUUUCAAGUGGAAGCGCGAGCACCUUUUUGACCGCUUGGCGUGCUUGUGCAUCUACGAGUGCCUGAUGGAUAGCCAGGCAGUAAUUAUCGAGUCGGUUGACAAACGAAUUUCCUGGAAAUGGAAGCCGCUGCCACUUACGACAGUGGAGUUGCAGAAGCGGGCAUCGCGAUGGUUGCGGAUGUCGUCAGAAGCAACUAUGAAGGCAGCUGAAAGCUUGUACAAUAAGGGUUUGUUGAGCUAUCCGCGCACGGAGACGAGCAAGUUCAAAGAAGGCACGGAUUUGAUGGGUUUAGUUCGGCUGCAAGAAAACCAUCACCAGUGGGGAAAUUACGUGACACGCGAGCUUUUAGACGGAGGGAAAUACGAAGCGCCCCGUCAUGGAAACUCGGAUGAUCAGGCACACCCGCCGAUACAUCCGACUAAAUGUGUUGAUAUGAAUACGUUGUCAGAUCCGAACGAGAAAAAGGUGUAUGAGUUUGUCGUUUUACACUUCUUGGCAUGCUGUAGUCGGGAUGCCAAGGGUUAUCAGACAAACGUCGUGGCGAAAAUGCUGGGAGAAUACUUUACAGCAUCCGGGCUCAUGGUGGAGGAACGUAACUAUUUGGAUAUCUAUAAAUACGAGAAAUGGAACGCGUCCGCGAUUCCUGUGUAUCAGCAGGGAGAUGUGUUCCAGCCAUCAAUGGUCGGAAUGCUAUCUAAGGAGACGAACCCGCCACCUCUCUUGUCAGAGGCCGACUUGAUCGCGAAGAUGGAUUCGAACGGAAUUGGUACUGAUGCCACAAUUGCCGAGCACAUUAAAACCAUCUUGAAGCGCGAGUACGUCGUCAAGGUGAACAAUGACACUCAGUUUAAACCCACCACGUUGGGGCUGGCACUGGUGUUAUCGUACGAGCACAUGGGUGUCGAGUUAGCAAAGCCUAAACUUCGUGCAGCAAUGGAGAACGACUGCAAGGCAAUUUCGCUAGGGCAGAAACACAUAAAACAAGUGGUGCAAUCGUGCAUGGAUCAGAUGAAAAGCAUUUUCAUGAAAGUUACCAGUAGCGCUACUGUGCUGGACCAGACUUUUUCGGAACAAUUCGGCCAAGCUGUGAGCGGCCAAGCAGUACCACUACGGAGUGAGCAGCGAACCGCUUCAGAAAGCGAACCAAUGCCUUCCUAUCGGGCACAAGAGAGACCACAAAGCUCUGUCUGUACCAAUCCAGCAUUGGGAGGCCAAGCGGCUGGUGGAAGUACCGACCACACAAACGGAAUAGGACGGCGAGCGAGCCAACGAAGUCCGCCCCAAUCGCCGAGUCUUUCCCAGGCGCAGGGUCGAUCACAACUUGCUCCAAGCAUACCCGCAAGCACACCUCGGUGCGCUGAUCACAGCUUGCCUUGCCUCGAGCGAGAGGUAACCCGGGAGGGGCCGAACGUAGGACGCAAGUUUUAUGUCUGCCCGCUGCCUCAAAGUGAGCAGUGCAAUUUCUUUGCUUGGGUGUCUGGGCCCGACCCAAGCGAUGUCCCUGCGGUGAAAUGUACCGGUCACGACGAACCGUGCGCCGAGCGAACAGUCAUAAAAGACGGUGUGAACAAGGGCCGGCAGUUCUAUACCUGCCGGCGUGGCCAAACCGACAACAGCUGCGGGUUUUUCCAGUGGAAGGAUGACAGUACAAAGACAUCUGGCAGCUCAGCGGCACAGUCGGACACCACCCCGCGGUGCUCCGGACACAGCGUCACUUGCGUCUUGCGCAGAACUAGAAAGGCUGGUCCGAACCAAAACCGCGAGUUUUAUGCCUGCAGCCUCGAGGGAACAGAGAGCUGCGGGUACUUUAAGUGGAAAGACGAAAUGGAGCUGAACCAUCGGCAGCCCGCGUCAUCGUCUUCAGUGCUGCGUUCAGAGAGCAGCGCAGGUGACAGUGGGGUACCUGUAUGUAGGUGCAACUUGCGUGGCGUCUUGCUGAUGUGUAAGAACGGAGCAAACAAGGGCCGGGCCUUUUACAAGUGUCCAAAUCCGCAGGAGAGUCAAUGUGAUUUCUUUCAGUGGGGGGCAUAG